AUGACCUCUGGCCUCAUCUUGUGGGCCAGCAGCUACCGAAGUUACUUCGCAGCACGGCUACAGUUCGCCACCCGAAACCAGCUGCGAAAGGAAUACACCUGCUUGUGCCAAGGUUUGGUUUGCCGUUUGCCUCACCUCAUCACGUCGCCGUUACGCCAAGUAGCUGAUGGUCGUCGGCGCAUGGAGGUGGCAAAGGAUGGUGGGAAGGCGAGCGUCACUUCCCUGGAGCAGGUCUUUCAUUUCGAGCUCCCCGAGGGUCGGCUGAGCAGCCUGGUGAUGUUGCAGCUUCAGACGGGUCGGCAGCACCAGAUCAGAGCCCAUCUGUCAGGAUGUGGUCAUCCACUGCUGGGUGAUGUGGACUAUGGUGCUUCCACUUCUUCCGCUCCUCGUCUCUGCCUCCACGCCUCGGCGCUGCGCUACAACGACGCCGUGGCCUCGCUGCCGUGGCCCUCGGACCUGGCGGCCUUUGAGCUGCGGCCGAUGGAUCCCAUGGCACGGGCCGCGGCGGCCGCGCUGACAAAAAACGCGGCAGGA